CGUAAGGGCGGGAAGCCGUGAGGGCGGGAAGCCGUGAGGGGGUCGCUUACCGCCCGUCUGGAGGCGGGUGUGCAGUGUGCCAGCUGUCGUGCUGCUGGGUGGGUCUGUGCGUGCCUGCCCGCUUCUCUUCAAAGGCACUGUGGGCUUUACCUCAUCGUUUACCAAGGAGGGAUGGAGCCCGCUGUCGUACUCCUGCCCGGCUCCUUUGAACCUGAGGGGUGGCCACUGCCGUUGAAUAUUACCCACUAUUGUGUGUCUUAGAAGUUAACAUUUAGGUAUUUAGAAGAAGCAUUCUAUGGAGUGUGAAUCUCAACUAUUCUUUUGAAUCUCUACUGUCUGUUGAGGCUGUGAUGUCCAGUAGCACACAGCCAUUCACCCAUCUGCUCUGUGCAGAGAAUGCAUCUUAAAGUCACGUCCUCAGCAUUGGCACUGCCUGCAAAGUGCAACAGAUGGUUGCUGGAAGGGUUUCACCAUCAAAGCUGUGGUGAGAUAAUGGAGCUGAAACACCUUGGAAUAAAACCCAGUGCCUCCCUGGAUUGUUAUGUAACAACUUAAAAUUUUCAUAUGAAACUUGAAAAUGGCUUCAAGAGGAACAACAGAGACCAGUAAAUUGAAACAAAACUUGGAGGAGCAGUUGGACAGGCUAAUGCAGCAGCUUCAAGAUCUGGAGGAAUGCAGAGAGGAGCUAGAUGCAGAUGAGUAUGAGGAGACCAAGAAAGAAACUCUAGAACAGCUGAGUGAGAUCAAUGACUCACUGAAGAAGAUUAUGUCUGGAGAUAUGACGUUGGUGGAUGAGCUCAGCGGCAUGCAACUGGCAAUACAGGCAGCCAUCAGCCAAGCAUUUAAAACUCCUGAAGUUAUUAGAAUGUUUGCAAAGAAACAACCAAGGCAAUUGAGGACAAGGUUGGCAGAGAUGGACCGAGACCUAAUGGUCGGGAAGUUGGGACGAGACCUGUACACACAACAGAAAGUUGAAAUCCUGACUGCCCUCAGGAAGCUCGGUGAGAAGCUGACACAAGAGGAUGAAAGCUUCUUGUCAGCAAAUGCAGGUUCAGCCCUGAGCCAGUUUGAGAAAGUCUCCUCUGACCUCGGAUCAGGAGACAAAGUCUUCGCUCUAGCAAACUUUGAAGUAGAGAAGGCAAAGCAAUGAAGAGGUGUGUGAGACUUGAGUCUCUCCUGUUGUCAGCAAAAUUGGACUUUGGUCAUAUUGUAAUAGGUUUUUUUUUUUCUAUUUUUAAGAUGUUUCAAAAAACUAACAACCCAUCAACAAACCUUAAGCCUCUUGGGUUCUUAACCAGAAGAUAUGAAGUAAGCAGCCUUAAAGUGCACUUUGUAACAUUGGUGUCUGUGUACCCCUCAGUAACAUAAGUUCUGAGGUUAAACACUAAAUGGUACUCUGAAAACAAAGCCUUCUUAUGACUGUCUUUGAAAAGAAUCAGCUAUUUUCAACUUUUCUGAAUGUGUAUUUCUCUGACUAUUAAAACAUUCUCUUUUUGCA